AAAGGACGAUCAUCAUUAUGUCACGAUAGGACCAAAAUCGAUGAGUCUGAAAUUCCCAAAAAUGUGAUACUUUCCAACAAUUUGAGUGCUUUUUUAGAGCGGUCUUUGAGAAUAAUGGCGACACCAGCCAAUUCGCGCAAGGGGAAACGAAUCUCACGCGCAGCAUGUGACAUGUGCAGAGAGCGCAAGGUACAAUGCUUCUUUCCCGAUACAUUUAUAAGAUGCUCUCGAUGCGAACGAGCCGAUAUCCCCUGUACUUUCAUCAGCGCACGGAAGCCGAGAGGACCGCUGAGUCGAUACGUUGGAACGGCGAAGCAUACUCGUACAGCGUCGCCAUCUAUCUUCGCGAGCCUUGCGGCAUCUCAACGAUUCACACUAAGUCAGUUCUGCUCAGCUGAGGUUUUUGAGACCAUCUUCAACGACUUUCUAACCCUCGUCUAUCCUGUGGUACCCUUGGUUCAUCCACCAAGCUUUCAAGCGCAAGUUGCCGAACAUGAACAUUUCAUGCCUCAGCCAGUAUUUCGACAAUGCCUAGCCAUCGCAGCCGUCACGAUAGCGUCUUUGCCCCGCAAAUUCAACGAGUAUGCCCGAUCUAGCGCAUAUACUUCUACUGCGAACAUGGUGUCGCAUGCUGUUCGUCUUGUUCAAAUCAGCAGGAUCAUUGAGGAACCAUGCUACACGAACAAGCCCAGCCUUGAACAUCUGACAACUUCUUUAAUGCUUUCCAUGGCGUCCCAUUAUACAGGUGACGCCAACCAAGGAUGGGCUUAUGCGUGUGAGGCAAUGUUGCUCACCCGAGUCAUGCACUUAGGAGAGAGAUCAGGAUACGAGGCGGUUUCACUUGUUGAGAGUGAGCUGCGGAAAAGGGCCUUUUGGUGUGGCUACAUAUUUCAGAUCCAUGACAGGAUCUCCUCUAUCGUGCCCCACACUGGCCUAAGCUAUCUGCCUCGAUCGACAGAUUGGGACUUCAUCAUUCCUCGUGCGCUUCAUGACGAUGAACUGACCGAUCAUGACGAACUUGCAGACGAGCAAAGCCGACGAUUACGUCUCUCAGCUUUGCCCCCUAUUGUCGGCUUCGUUGCACUUAUCAAAGUGUUCCGCUGCUGUGCAGACUUAUUCUCCUUUGGUGUGCCAGGCUCCAUAAAUCAAGCAUACUCUAUGGCAUCGGGACCAUUCGAUAGACAGCUAUUUCCGUCGUCACCCGAUUCGGGCCAGGUCGCACACAGCCCUAGCAAAGGGCUUGCGGCCAUUUUCCAGGUCUUCCAGAGACUAUCAGAAAUCCUGAAUUCGUUGCCCGAUGAGUUAAAACUCCCUAGUCACAAAGAAAAUGUUUCACAAACUUUUUCCGACAUUCCAGACCAAUUUGAAAUCAUGCGCGCGAAUAUUCAUAUAACGAGUCUGUACCUGCAAUCUACUAUUCUUGAGACGUUCGCUAGUACCAAUAGCUCCGCGAAUCAAUCGUUGCAAGCCGAUGUAUCUGACGAGGCUAGUCGUGUACGCACAAAGAUAUGGCGUUUUCGCGAAUCCAUUGCACAAGAACUGCUACAAGUUCUUGAAUCCUGCACACCAUGGACUCUUGAGGCCAACGGCGCAAGUAUGAUAAUAAAAGUCCGCGAGAUUGCAUCAACGCUACUUGAUGAUGAAGAUUUGAUAGAAAAUGAAGCGGAUUCAACCAGAGAGUAUAUCACUAAGUUCGUCGAGAUCCUUAGCAAUUUGGACUUUGGCGCCAGGCGCGGUGAAGGCACAGGAAGUGUUACAGGACGGUGAACAGAUAUCUUCUUAUGUAAGUGGCUAAUGGCAAUCAACUUGAGGUCAUUUUGAAUUGAUGUACUGCUAUUAUUGUCAUGUUGUAGGUAAAUCUCC